UACCUGGGAAUUCUGUUGAUGUACGUAUCCGCUUGAACUUGAAGAUCUGUAAAUAAAUCUGUGAAACACCGGACGAAUUGUCAACAAAUUGCCAUUAUGACUGACAUUCUGGGUUAUGGAUAUGCGGCCCUCAUCGCCAUCGGUGGAGCAAUGGGAUAUCUAAAAGCGGGUAGCACCAUGUCCCUGGCCUCUGGUCUUUUGUUUGGAGCUAUGGCAGGCUAUGGGGCAUCUCUAACUUCAAAAGACCCCAACAACUAUUUUGUCAUCUUUGGAACAUCUGUGGUGCUAACAGGUGUUAUGGGUUACCGAUAUUCCAACAGUGGAAAAUUCAUGCCAGCUGGGCUUGUUGCAUCUUUGAGUCUCUUGAUGUUACUACGAUAUGGUCUGCGGAUGAUCAAGUAGAAGCUAUGGCACCUUCAUAAAGCAUUCAUUGGAGAGAUGAUAUUUUUUCACCAACUGUAUUUUGCUACUUGAACAUAAUGUAAGGUAUCCUGUGCAUGUGUAUCACUGUGUCUUGUAAAUCGCAGUGGCUUAUCUAGGGGGAAGGGGCAUAUGCCUUUGACAUCACUGGGGGGGGGGGGCUAACCAAAGUGGAAAAGGUGAGAAAAAAAACGUUAAAAAUUCUAAUGUGACAGACUAUAAAACAAGCUUACAUCAUCAAUAUUUGCAACAAUGUGAAUAUCAGUUUACCCUUAAUGCCAGAUCAGAUCAUGGAAGGGGUGCAAUUUUAGCGCUUACCCCAGAAACUUUUUUUUAAAGAUAUUCCUGUGGUAGGUACAUGUACCUAAGUUGGUGUUUGUAUUCUCUCUGUACUAUAGAAAUAAUUUUUACAUUCUGUAGCAUUGGUUUAUUUCCUAUUCAUCUAAUGCCAGUUUGUCCAAUUGGCAACUCUUCUACUAC